AUGAAUGAUUUCUUCUGGACGUACACGGAGGAGCCGCAUAGAACGCGGAGGCUGGCCAUCAUCAAGGCGCACCCCGAGGUCACGAAGCUCUGCGGCCCUGAACCAUUGACCAAAUACGUCGUCGCCUUCGUUGUCUCCCUGCAGAUCUUCUGCGGCUAUCUUCUCCGAGACACCUCCUUCUGGUCGUGGAAAUUCUGGGCGUUGGCGUACGUUGUCGGCGCGACUGCAAACCAGAACCUCUUCCUCGCUAUCCACGAGAUCUCGCACAACCUCGCCUUCCGGUCGCCGUUGGCCAACAGAUUGUUCGCCAUCUUCGCGAACCUGCCCAUUGGGGUGCCGUAUAGCGCCUCUUUCAGGCCCUACCACCUAACCCACCACAAGUCCCUCGGCGUUGACGGCCUCGACACGGACCUACCCACCGCCCUGGAGGCCGUCGUCUUUGACUCCAUCCUCGGCAAGGCCUUCUUCUGCACCUUCCAGAUCUUCUUCUACGCCAUCCGGCCCAUGUGCGUGUUCCAGGUGACUUUCACCUGGGUGCACUUCGCCAACCUCCUCGUCCAGGCCGCCUUUGACUACGCUCUGGUGACCGCCACCGGCUCGUCCAAACCUCUCCUCUACCUCCUCCUCUCCUCCUUCCUCGCCGGCUCCCUGCACCCCACCGCCGGCCACUUCAUCGCCGAGCAUUAUGUCUACGAGACCGUUCAUCCCGAGGCUCGCGACCCGGCCAACAAUCUCCCCAUUCCUGAGACAUACAGCUAUUACGGUCCCCUCAACGCCGUCACCUAUAACGUGGGCUACCACAACGAGCACCACGACUUCCCCGCCAUCGCGUGGACCCGCCUGCCCAAGCUGCGCGAGAUUGCAGACGAGUUCUACAGCCCGCUGCCGCGCCAUGACUCCUGGGUCCUGGUGCUCUGGCGCUUCGUGUGGGAUGCCAACGUCGGCGUCACCAGUCGCGUCAAAAGGAAGAACGGCGGCCGGAAGGUCGGUGGUCAGCUCGCCAAGGUGGCUGCCUGGACCCCGCAGGAGAUCGAGGCGUGA